UCAUAAUCUCUCACCUUUUACUUUGUCUGUUUCACAACUGAAACACUGAAGGUGGUCCAAUUCUUCUUCCUUCUUCCUUUCUCCGCUUCUCUCUCUCUCACAGGUGUCUCUAACUAUGUGAAUGCUCUUGCUUUGGAUAAUUUGGGCUCAGUGUCUGAUUCAUUGUUUGCAGCUAGAAUUGUUUAUUCAAGAGUAUUUUCUUCAUUAGCAGAUGUAUUACUUUUGAAGGAAGCCCUUCAGUUUCGACCAUGACAACUAAUCUAUCACUUUCUCCUGGAAUUCAUAAAGAAGAAAAAGUUCUCUCUGAGAUUGGGAAUUCUGAAAAGCAGUUGUGGGCAUUGAUCCAUUCUAAAGGCCUUUUGCACUCCGAUGUUCAAGACUUGUACCGCAAGGUCCGGUCUAGUUAUGAGAGAAUAAUAUUGAACAAUCACUUGCUUUCAGAACUUCAGGAUGUUGAAUAUUCUUUGUGGAAGCUCCACUAUAAGCAUAUUGAUGAAUUUCGCAAAAUAAUAAAGAAAAACUCCGGUAAUGUGGAGCGCAAAAAAUCAGGAAUGCUGCAAGAUGAUGUUGUGCCGAGAAACAAUGGCGAUCAUUUUUUGUUAUUUAAGUUAUUUCUCUCAGAAGCUAUUGAGUUUUACCAAACUCUGAUUGUAAAACUUAGAAAACAAUAUGGAGUGCCAGAAGAGGCCUUGUUUUAUAAGAAGGGUUGGAUUUCUACUUCAGGUGAACCAGAUGCGAUGCUGAAAUGCCAAUAUUUAUGUCAUCGUUGCUUAGUUUGUAUGGGGGAUCUUGCCAGGUACAAACAACAAUGUGAAAACCCUGAUAUUCAAAAUCAUAAUUGGGCAGUUGCUGCCAGCCAUUACUUGGAAGCAACAAGGAUUUGGCCAGAUAGUGGGAACCCACAAAAUCAGUUGGCUGUACUGGCAACAUAUGUUGGUGAUGAAUUUCUUACUCUGUACCACUGUGUAAGAAGUUUAGCAGUUAAAGAACCUUUUCCUGAUGCCUGGAACAAUCUCAUCUUGUUGUUUGAAAAGAACAGAUCAUCUCAGCUGCAAUAUGUUUCCAGUGAAGUCUGCUUUGAUUUCAUAAAACCUUGUGGAAGAAAAGGUGAAGAGACCAAGGCACAACUGAAAGAUGAUAGCUCAAACUGCAAAAAAAUCGAAGGCGAAAGUAAUCAUUUUACAGACACAAAGUUAUGGUCUCUUAUGGUCAGAACAAUAAGUUUCCUCUUCAUAACAUCAAGCAGUUUAGAGGACUUCUCUAUUGCAUUGACAUCUACAAUUGAAGAGUUAGAUAAAAUGAUGGAGCUAGAAGAUAUAGAACUAAAGACGAUGUUGGAAUCCUAUAAUCAAAUGGGUUUAGCCAGAAGAGGUCCUUUCCGAGCCAUACAAGCAGUUUCUAUUCUCAUCUUUUCCCUAAAGAAUCUAAUUGAUAAACUUGAAAAAAAUGAAUCAGAAGACAAAAAUGAUAGGCAGUUGACGCAGCUGGCAUUAGUUGCCGCAUUCAGCUUCAUGGGACGUUUUGUUGAAAGAUGCCUAAAGGCUAGUUCGUUGAAUGAUUGCCCCUUAUUGGCUUCUGUGCUUGUUUUUGUGGAGUGGGGUUCAAGCAUACUUGACGCAACUGAAGAAUGUGCUACUGAUCAAAAGAGUAGAAGAGCCAUUUCUUACUUUUUUCAUGUGUUUGUUGAACUUCUAAAUCAACUAAAUGACAAUAGGAAGGAAACCAAGAAGCUUCUUGAUCGUACCCCUCUAUGGGAGGAUUAUGAGUUGAGGGGCUUUGUACCGGUAGCUUGUUCACAUUUCUCAUUAGAUUUCUGUGGUAAGUGGGAACACAGUGACAAUUCUGAAAGUGGAAUUGAAUUGCGUACUGAGCGCAUCUUAGAAGCAGGAAUGAAAAUUGCAAGCAGAUCAAAUGAUUUGCAAAAGUGGAUUACAUAUGAUAAGUUAGAAAAAAAGUUUUAUGUGGCUAGAUCAAAUGAAGAUCAUGGCAAGAAAGAAACAGAAAAUGUGGAGUCCAAUGGUAAUAGUACAAGAGGGGAAGAGCAGAAUCAGCAAAUUAGCAAAAACCCAGGGGAACAUGGCAAAUGGAUGAGAGAGGAUAAUCCGAGUAGCUCCAGCACCAAUGGAAAAUCUUUUGCUGUAGAAGAAGAAGAAGUUAUUCUCUUCAGGCCUCUCACAAGGUAUAAUUCUGCACCAUCCUACCCCUCUAUCUCCACUAACGAGCGGAUGUCACCAAAGGACAAGGAUGACCAAAGCUUAAUGUCUGAUGAUUGUUUGCGCCGCGCUUCAUCUCUGCUUAUGGAACAAAACCCUGCUCAAACUCAAAGUGAUCCAUGGGAAUUCCAUGCCAACACUUUGGAUUUCAGGAGUGACAAAACAUUCAAGCAGCAAGAACCUUCAACAAAGGAAUCAAAUUCACACACUUUUUUUGAAGCACCAAUCUCUGCUGGCCCUCCCUCGCUCAAUGCUUGGGUCCUUGGUAGAGGAAGUUUGAGCAACAACAGAAAUAAUGGGACAAAUGGUCUUAUUAGUGAGCACAGGUUGCAGCCCAUUGAGGAAAUAGCUUCUUCAUCAUUGGAAGGUCUUUCCAUCAAUAAAACUGAGAAUUCAGUCAUCAGUUCAGUGGAUAAAUCUUCAAACUUCAGUCCCUCUUCUGCUACAUAUUCUGUUCCAGUACCUUCUGCUCCAUUGUUGCCUGAUAAUGCUGCCUGGUUUACUAAUGUACCACCUAGUUUUUCUGCUCCAUUAUUUCCAGACAACUCAACACCAGUAAGUGGUUAUUCAGAUUGGAGUUCUACUCAAGGACAACGCGAAUAUGAUCCUAGUUUUCCAGUUUUUUCCAGUGGAUACCCACCUCCUGGCAGAAUGACUUCUUCAGAAUGGCUGCGUUGGUACAGAGAGAAUUACAAACCUGAGUGGACCAAUAAUCAUAUGCAGCCUACUCAUUUGAAUACUCCUGCUCCUGGAAAUCAUGAAAACUUCCUCUAUCAUGAUACUUACAGGUUUAACCAUUUUGAUAGAUGGGGCAAUCCUUUGUCUUCUAACCAGUACAUAUAUGUGGAGCCCCCAGGGCCUCCACCAUUGCAGCCAGGUUUUCUCUCAGCUUUUGGUGCAGGUGAACACAAAGCCAGUCUCUUAAACAAUUUUCAAAGACCAAGCCCUUAUGUGCAUGGUGCUGUGACAGACAUGAGAAAUGAACCACAGUCUCUGCUUGAGUACUUGAAGGAGAAGGAAUGGCGACUCCAGCGAGAUCCUAACCUCAGAGGGCCUACUUUCAUGGGAAAUUAGAACUUCUCAUCUGUAACCUUUGUUCCAUGGACCAUUUCAUAAUUGUACACCUUGGUGUGCACUUUGGUUCCAUAUGAAGCAUUGAGCUGCAUAAAUGUGUGUACAUAUUGAUGUUUCAGUCAUUUCCUAAAUGAAUUGAGGAAUUCCAAAGAAAGUGGAUGAAAUAUCCUCUAUUCAGCCUUCUAUAUAGUGGAAAUCCACACUUUUAUUCUUAGUACAACUAU